AUGGUGUUAUGUCGUGCAACGGGGCUUUGCGCUCGCUUAAUACGUGAAUGGACGCUGAAGGAGUUUCGGGAGCCAUACGAUCGGGACGAAUCGCAGGCCAACGCUCGCAACCUGCAGACUGAGCCUGUGCCCACAAGUGAAUUCUUGCUUACACGUGAAUCCGCACUUGCACUUGAUUUGACAUCUGCGCGUAAAUUCAUCCUUGCAUGCGAAACCGUCCUUGCACAUGAGUUCGCUACUUCAAGUGAAUCCAUGCCUGCACAAAAACCCGUGUUUGCAAGUAUUCGAAAUGGAUAA